AUGUCAAGCGAUAUAAAACGAAGAAGAGUGUUUAUUGGUGGUCUUUCUGAGACCAUUCGAGAAGAAGACUUGGUUCCACGGUUGCAGCGGUUUGGUCAAACAUCCAACUUCGAAAUCGUUGAGAAGAAACAACCAGUCGGAACAGUGCAUCGAUUUGCAUAUGUUGAUCUCGAGUCGACAGACGCCAAUUGGGUAAAGUGCAGAACUCAAUUGACAAACGUUGUCUUCCGAGGCUCCCGUUUAAAACUUGAAGAAGCAAAGAGUAAAUAUACGGAAAGAUUAAAAGAGGAUCAAAAGCGGAAUGAGUUUCUGCAAAGCAAAGAACGGGUUUCUUCUUCAAAUAAAAAGGAACCUUGCUUGACUCCACACGCGACUAUGACUUCCUAUGUUCCCAUCUUUCGAGGCAAGGAGGCCAAGGAUAUUUUGAACACAGUGACGGACAGCGAUGUUCGGAAAGCUACACCGAGAAAAGGUUGGAAGAAGGGACCGUAUGGACGUGCUAUUGCAUUGCUCCGAGUGUACAACAAGAAGACAAAACAGUACAAGCAUUUCUUUCCCCUUGGCAAGAACUGCCUGCAAAAGCUUUGGGGUCGUAUCGACCCGAAGCUGGACGACACAACGGCUUAUUUCGACGAGGAGAUGAAUUGCUAUCGAACAUACUCUGGAGAGUUUGUUUCACUUGCAGACGCUGUCAAUCGUCGUAACUACCAAAAACCCAGUCAACGUGAUCGCUCGCCUACGCCUGAUUUGGAAGUUGCAGGUGUGGAUGCUGUUGAGUACGAAGACGAAGCUGGCGGUGCAGCUGCUAUGCUUACCGAAGAACAAGUUUUGGCUCAACACAAACAGGAACACGAUACAAGUGCUGCGGUGUUAUCGGAACUGUUCGGUAGUGGCAGCAAUGUUGAAGAGUCUGUGUCUGACACACCCCGCGUGGUUUCGUUUGAAGAAGAGGAAUUUGCCCAAGAGUCCGCCGACUCUGUUUCUAACCCGUUGUCGCCUUCUGCUGGUCGUGUUCUUGAUGUCUCUACAGAAGGCCUUAAGGCUGUUGAGGUCGGCGAUCGUGUCAUCGCUGUCAAGGAGCAAUCUCUCACCAACUUGUUUAAACCUAGUGCGGAAGAGGCCGAGUCAUUCUCGCUGUUUGGAGGCAACGAUAUGGAUGUGGAAAUGGCCGAUGAAAUAGAAGAAGAAGAGAAAGACGAAGGCAAGGUCGAAAAGCAAAAACCGAUUGCAAGACCUAUUGUGCCCGUCAGUGCACCGGCAACAGUCUCCUCUAUGCCCAUGUUCUUUCCCACAGCACGUAUCCCCAUGGACGUGUUGCUUCCCGUUUCCAAGGAUUCACCGCUUCUUACCGACCAGGCCAUCCAGUCCUGGUGGUCGGCAAACCGGCUAACCUUGACUCGGGACUGGAAAAAGAAACGUAAAGACGCAUUGAAACGCCAGCGGAGAGCUCUUGAGAGAAAGAAAAUUUAA